AUGCUCCCUUCAGAAGCUCAGAGAAAGAAAGAUUAUUUUCAAGUCAGCAUAUACAAAUAUAUCUUUGAUUGCAUGGUACAAGGAAAAGUGACACCCACUCAUCUAACCCAUCACACAAAAUUGAAUCCAGAAAAGCCACUGGGACCUUCAGUGCUGAGGCAUGCCCAGCAGGGAGGCUUCUCUGUGAAGUCUUUGGGUGACCUCAUGGAACUAGUCUUCUUGUCUCUAACACUGUCUGAUCUCCCAGUUAUUGAUACCCUGAAGGUUGAGUAUGUCCACCAAGAGACUGCCACUGUGCUGGGUACAGAGAUUGUGGCCUUUGAAGUGCGUGAAGUAAGAGAGAAGGUGCAGCAUUAUAUGGCCUACUGGAUGGGUCACCGAGAACCUCAAGGGGUUGAUGUGGAAGAGGCUUGGAAAUGCCGGACAUGCAGCUAUGCAGACAUCUGUGAAUGGAAAAGGAAUGGUGGAGUACUUAGCUCCACCCUGGAACCCCUGGCCAAAAAAGCCAAAUGAGCAGGAAGUAUGUAUUGAAUGUGAUCCUUCUUUUUCCUAUUGCGCCUGAGCAAAAGAAGACCAGUCUCAGCUUGGCUUUCAUAGAGAGCCUUUUUUUUUUUUAAACUAUUUACAUAUGAGUGGUGAAUUCUUGUAAUUUUAUGUUGCCUUGGCAUCCAUUUCAGAGUUGUU